UCUUUCUUUUAGGAAAUGGCGACUCAAAUGACUGGGUGCAAAAACGUAGCUCUGGGACUAAGCAUCACGGUGCUGCACAUCAUCUGUCAGCCACGCUAUGUACAAGAAGACGGUGACUCUGUCGAUGGACAGGUAGAACAGUCGCUCGAUCCACUGUCCUACCCUCGAAGGAUACCCAUCGAGUCGCUGAAGCUUGUUGGAGCUCUGGGCUUUUUCUGUGCAUCUGCCCCAACUAUCGCCCUCCGCAAGAACAAGCGUGAAGUGGAUCCAACUGGGACAGCAACUAUGACCCACCUUGCCAUCAUGGGAACAGGGACCUGUGGAGGAGCCUGCGGUUCCUGUGGUGGGUGUGGAGGCUGUGGAGGAGGGUACUACGCUACCUUCGGGAGCCAGCCGUACAGUGGAUGGGUCAAGAGCGGCGAUGGCGGCUGCAAUGGGACCGGUUUCGGAGGCGAUAGUGGAGGAGAUACUGGUGGAGAUGGAGAUGGAGGUGGGGAUGGAGGAGGCGUGGACGUUUUCGGUUACAUCUUUGGAACGGCUGCUGCAGACGCUGGUGGGGGCAGUGGUGGAGAUGCUGGAGGAGGCUGUGGUAGCUGCGGAGGAUGUGGGGGCUGUGGAGGCUGUGGGGGAUAGGAAGAGAGGGAGAGAGGAAGGAAGUACCAUUUCGUCAAUGUGUGUCAAAAUGAUGGAGUGCCUUUCACACACACCAACUUGUUGCCUCCCUUUAAACGUAGUUGAAAUUACUGUUUUAAAUCUUGUUUACUGCUCUGCAGAAGUUAGGCAUUGUUGUUGCUCCAUGUGCAUUCGAUAUAUUGUACAAAUGUUGUUCGUUUUGAUGUAGGAAUCGAAUUACAAUGUGGUUUUUUAUCUUUCGGAAGAAUUUAUUAGCAACUCUCUAAGAGUUGUACACAGUAUUGUAUCUAGCCUCAUACUUGUCACUUUUAUGUUAUGACAAAAAAGGUAGAGUAUAUUUUGAUAAUUUGUUAUUUUGUUUUAAGAAGAGUUUUUUAUAAUAUAAAUAUUCCUCUUUAUUUUGAUACUCAAUGACCAUUAUUUUAUAGCUUGCGGGCGCUGCGUCGUAGCCUUUGGUAGCAUUGUUCGAAUAUAUUGUUUGGUGUAUUUUGUAUUUUGGAACGAUUAUCUCGAGCAGACCUCAGAAUAUUUUUUUAAUAGCGGAAUGCUUGUGUACGUAUUACUUGAUGAAGCUGGUAUGUUUCAGUGCUGGCUGUGUCUGGACUCUGGCCUUAUUUUCGAAUGCUGGCUUUUAUGUUCAAAUGCUAGUUCUAUUCGAAUGCUGGCUUUAAAAAGAUGUAUGUAGUAUGUUUCUACAUCGUAAGUAAUUAAACUGCCCCAAACCAUA